CCAGCUCUCCAGCUCUCCAGCUCUCCAGCUCUCUAGCUCUUAGCUCGCUCUCGCACACCACAGAAAAAACAUGGGCAAGGUUGACUACGUCCUUCUCGACUGCGACAACACCCUCGCUAAGUCUGAGUUCCUCGCUUUUGAGGCCUGCACCGAUCUGUCCAACGAAAUUCUCGAGAAGCAUGGCAUUGAUCAUCGCUACACCGUUCACCAGCUGCUCGAGACCUUUGUCGGCCAGAACUUCCGCGGCAUGUGCAACAAGCUGCAGGAGAUUCACAACUUCAAAAUGACGCCAGAAGAGGUUGACGCAUACGUCGACCGCGAGCUCGGUGCCGUCACUGCCAAGCUUACCGAGAAGUGCGAGCCUUGCCCGGGUGUGCCCGAGAUGAUGGAGUGGAUCAAGAACCAGGGCUACAAGAUGGCUGUCGUCUCGACCUCGGCCAAGCCCCGCGUCGUUGCCUCGAUCAAGAAGAUUGGCAUCGACAAGUAUUUCCCAGACGAGCAUGUCUACUCGGCCGCAACCUCCCUCAACCCACCGUCUUCGAAGCCGGAUCCAAAGAUCUACAACUUCGCUUGCGAGCAGCUUGGCGUCAAGAACGAGCGCUGCGUCACCGUUGAAGACUCCAAGUCCGGCGCAACCGCUGCCAUGCGCGCUGGUAUCCCCCUGAUCGCAUACGUCGGCAUCUACGGCAUCGAGGAGGGUCAGGAGAAGAUGGAGAAGAUGGCCAAGCUGUUGAAGGAGGAGUGCAAAGCCGCUGCUAUCAUGUACGAUUGGAAGGACUUCCCUGCCUGCCUUGCCGAGGUCGAGAAGAACAUCCCAGAGUAAGCAUAAUGCCGUGCUUGUGGAUGUAGGCAGCAAAGUGACCACACGAAGAUCUCACCUGUAAGCCUGGGCAAACCAAACGCCCGGGUUCUCUACCCACUUAUCCCGACAUGCCUCAUAGCGAUACUAUCACCGUCCUGUCGCUGAACCCACGACUCAAAGAAGAAAAUUCAAAAAAGAAAAGCAGUGCCUAGAUGACGACAUUUUAUAAGGCAAGCGGGUAAUUGUGCACCGAACACGACCGUCACAUAUAUAGAAAACAAUCCUAGACGAUUUUCUUCACGAA